UAUGAAGGGAAAGUAAAUAUCUUUUAAUACCACGAUUGACCUUAACGUAAAACUAAUAAUAAAUAUAAGAGAUAUACUAAUUUGGAUCUACAAAAGAAUUACUAAAAAGAAAUAAAAUUUUGAACCAGAUAUAAAAUCAGGCAGCCUUGGAAGACAGGCUCACAAUUAUAUAUUAGAAAGAUUGUAACCAAACUUUUGGUUUAUUGUUCACAUGCAUGUUAAAUUUGAAGGAUUUGUGAAAUACAAAAGUAGAAAGUAAACCAAGCACUAAAAUCAUAAAAUACAUGAAGUUUUAGUAUCAUUAGAUAAAUGAAUUCCAGUAAGAGACUUUUUAUAAGUUUUUACAUACUCUAAUUAAAGACAAGAGUU